GCUGAGUGCGGCGAACAUCACUGAUCCGAGCGGAGCAGGCGGACUUGUCACUUGGAGCUCACUUGCUCCCGACUCAAGCUACAAGACGACAACACAACACAACAACAACAACACAACACGAAACAACAACAACAACAACAGAAGAAGAAGAGCUGCGGUAGACUGCACCUUGACUAUCUGACUGUUGACCUUUGACCCUUGAGAGGUGCUGUUAAAGGUUGCUGCUGCGCUGCUUCCUCACAUUGUGUGUCGACAUGUCUGACUGGACUCAGCUGGCUCUGCUGCUCUGGAAGAACUUCACCUACAGACGACGCCAGACUCUCCAACUGCUGGUGGAGAUCCUCUGGCCGCUCUUCAUCUUCUUCAUCCUCAUCGCCGUGCGACUCAGUUACCCGCCCUACGAGCAACAUGAGUGUCAUUUUCCCAACAAGGCCAUGCCCUCAGCCGGCACGUUGCCAUGGAUACAGGGCAUCCUCUGCAACGCCAACAAUCCCUGCUUCCGCAGCCCGACGCCAGGAGAGUCUCCGGGCGUGGUGGGCAAUUUCAACGACUCUAUAGUCUCUCGCCUCUUCUCAGACGCCAAGAAGAUUCUCUUGUACAGUCAGAAUGACAAGAACUUGGAGGGCUUCAAGGAGCUGGCCCGGGCCCUUCGAGCGCUCCAGAGCAGCAGGUCAGGCUUCAAGUUGAAGCACUUCCUGCGAGAUGAUGAAACUUUGUCCGGCUUCCUGUUGAGGAAUGCCACCCUUCCUCCAUCUGUUGUGGAUCACAUCCUGGAGGCCGACGUCAACUUGGAGAAGGUCCUUCUCAAAGGGUUUGGGGUCCACCUGCGGGACGCAUGUCCUCGUAAAGCGGCGGGCCGGAGUGUGGAGGAAUUUGUGAAGAUUUCAGACCCGUUGGCCUCCAUGAUGGUCCAAGAAGUGGUGUGUCGCGCUCCUAAUGUGUGGCUGAACCGGGCAGAGCAGAACUUCCUGGACAACGUGGACUUCCUCAAACCUCUCUUGAGGGAUGCCCGGUCGGACCCUGAAGCUGUCAAGGAGGUUGCCAGGGCAACCAACAAGCUUCUGGACAGUCUGGGCUCGCUGGCGGUGGAGGUAAGAAAAUGACCGUGAUGUCACAGGAAGUGACUGUCAUGUGACCGGGAUCCCCCAGCUGGUUGAGGUUCCACAAGUCCAGGCCUUGGUUUUAUUCACUUGACAUCCAAAACACUGCAGGGGGUGGUGGG